AUGGAGAUGUUGAAAGAGAUGUUCAUUAAGCAUUACAUCUAUGAUAUUUGGAGCCCUGGAGCCGAAAAACAAACACUGGAUAUAAUUAAUGCUAAUGAAACAUCAAAACUUGAUGAAAUUGCAAUAAAACUUACACAGGAUUCAAUAAGUUCUGGAGUUAAUGGCAGUUCUAAUAGUUAUAUUGAUGGAUUAGGUAAUUAUGAUGUUAAUGUGUUACAAGCAGCUUUAGAAGAACAUGAUUUAGAAACUCAAUGGUUUGAUUCUAGAAAAGGUACAAAGAAAAAGAAGGCAUUAUAA